AGGCGCAAAGGAAGGAAAAAACCGCGCACGCUUUAUAGAAAUAUCAUCAGCACUGAACACUGGAUUUUUUUUUUUUUUUAUCAUACUCAGGACCUCCGUUGAUGGGCACAUUUGUAACGUGGCCAGGAAGAUGUCUUAUAUUAUCCCGAUGUAAACUAUGAAAGACAAAAACUGACUGGAAAGCUAUGAAGCUCUAAAGAACCAGCAGCUGGUUUAGACUAUAUCUUCACGAUGGUCCUGUUUCUGGUGGCAAUGCAUCUUUUAUCAAACAGUUCCUCACAUGCAAACUGGACCGCAGAGCCUCCUGCUCCACAGGCAUCCCACAUCCUACCAGCUGCUCUUGUCAUUUCUCUUCUUCUCAUCAUCUUCAUCCUCUUGACAGUCUACCUGCUCAGGUUCAGACAUCAAAGGAAGGAUCUUGUCACUUCAGUUGACAAAAAGCUACCCAAUGGAUUUCUGGAGGACCAAGAACAAACCAUGGUGCUCCUCCCCAGAUCUCCCUCUCCAUCUAAGCACUACUUUCCUAUACCGCUGGACUCCCUGGAGGAAGAGUACCGCCUGCGCAUGGCAGAUGAUGGCAAGCUGUUCAGAGAGGAAUUUAAUUCUUUGCCUUGCGGUUACGGCCGUGGCACAUUCGAGGAAGCGAGCAGAGAAGAAAACCGAGAAAAGAACAGAUAUCCAAACAUUCUUCCCUACGAUCACUCCAGAGUGUUGCUUUCACACACAGACGCCCAUUUGUGUUCAGACUACAUUAAUGCCUCGUACAUAGAUGGUUACAAAGAAAAGAACAAAUUCAUUGCCACUCAAGGUCCAAAACCAGAGACAGUGGCUGAUUUCUGGAGAAUGGUUUGGGAGCACAAAUCUGCCACCAUAGUCAUGUUGACUAACGUACGGGAGAGAAAAGAGGAAAAAUGCUUUCAGUAUUGGCCAGAGCAGGGCUGCUGGCUGUACGGAUGUGUGAGGGUGUCUGUGGAGGAUGUAACAGUGCUGGUAGACUACACUAUCAGAAAGUUCUGUGUGCAAUAUCAAUCUCCAGAAGGCAGCAGGUCACUGAGGUUGGUCACUCAGCUCCACUUCACUAGCUGGCCUGAUUUUGGUGUGCCACUCUCCCCAAUCGGUAUGCUCAAGUUUCUUAAGAAAGUUAAGAGUGUUAACCCAGCGCAUGCCGGACCCAUCAUAGUUCACUGCAGUGCUGGGGUUGGAAGGACUGGGACGUUCAUUGUGAUUGACGCCAUGAUGAACAUGAUGCAUUCCGAAGGCAGAGUGGAUGUCUUUAACUUUGUAUCCCGAAUACGAAACCAGCGCUGCCAGCUUGUACAGACGGACAUGCAGUACUCCUUUAUAUAUCAAGCUUUGCUGGAGCAUUAUCUGUAUGGUGACACCGAGUUGGAUGUUUCCUCACUGGAGGGACACCUGCACAGACUCCACAGUACUCACAUUCACAUGGACAGAGUCGGGCUUGAAGAGGAAUUCAGAAAACUGACCAAUGUUCGUAUCAUGAAGGAAAACAUGAGGACUGGGAAUCUUUCGGCCAACAUGAGGAAGAACAGAGUACUUCAGAUUAUUCCUUAUGAUUUCAACAGGGUCAUAUUGUCUGUGAAAAGAGGUCAAGAAUUCACCGAUUACAUCAAUGCAUCUUUUAUAGAUGGUUACAGGCAAAAGGAUUACUUCAUAGCUACCCAGGGCCCGUUAGGACACACUGUGCAGGACUUCUGGCGCAUGGUGUGGGAAUGGAAGUGUCAUUCUAUUGUCAUGCUUACCGAGCUAAAGGAGAGAGAACAGGAGAAAUGUGUGCGUUAUUGGCCUGCAGACUGCAACAUUUCAUUCGGGGAUUACAAUGUGGAGUUGAAAAGGGAAACCCUUUACGAGACGUUUAGCCUCAGAGAUUUGCUGCUGACAUUUGCACAGGAGAAGCAGCCUCGUCUGGUCAGACAUUUUCACUUCCAUGGCUGGCCAGAGAUUGGAAUCCCAUCAGACGGAAAAGGAAUGAUUGAUCUGAUUGCUGCUGUGCAGAAACAACAACAGCAAUCUGGCAACCACCCCAUAGUGGUGCACUGCAGUGCUGGUGCAGGACGGACUGGAACAUUCAUCGCCCUCAGUAACAUUUUGGAACGGGUUAAAGCUGAGGGCUUACUGGACGUGUUCCAGACUGUGAAGAGUUUACGCACUCAGAGACCACACAUGGUUCAAACUGUGGAACAGUACGACUUCUGCUACAAAGUGGUACAAGAUUUUGUAGAUAUCUUCUCAGACUAUGCUAAUUUCAAAUAAUGACCUUUCCUUUCAUCACUUAUGAAAAAAAAAGCAUUCACGUUUGUUCUGUUUUUAAUUAUGAGAAACUCUUGCUAUUUGUUCUUAAUACUCUAUGCACUUGAUCUUUAACUUUGUCUUGUUAAACAUUGAAAUAAUUGCAGUUAAUUUUUUUUUUUUGUACAUACAAGUCCUCGAUUGAUUAACCUCAUGAAGAGGAUUCGAAUCAUUUGUGUUUAGACUGUAGUCUCUUUGGACUUUGUUAAAUAAUGAAAUUAUUUGAAUUAUA